AUGGACCUCGCUCAGACACUCCGCACGGCGGCGGCGGCCUUUCGUCGCUACGCCAGUCCAGCCUCCUCCUCCUCGUUGGCGCCGGCGUCGUCGUCUGGUCCGCGCAAGCCGCGCCAUGUGGUGGUCUCGGCCACCCGCGGCAUGACUACGUCCGAGUUGGCCAUGCCGGCGCUGGAGACGCUCGUCGCCGCAGCUGACGAUCGCUCGCUGCGCGAUGCAUCACCGUACUCGUCAGGCGUAUACGCCGGCCUCGCGGAACUGCUUGAUGUCAGUCUUGCACGUGGUGUUCUCUCGGAUCGAUGCUUCCUGGCAGCCUCAAUUGGCGGGGCGGCGAGGGUGUGCGAGGCGCUGAUGGCCACGCCCGAGUUUGAGUGGGACCACUUUGCGCUGGCGGCCUCGCACGAGCUCCUCGCUGGGCUGGUGGCUCGGCUACUGGCCAAGGAUCCGAAAGUCGGACUGUCCUCGCUCCGGUGGCUGGUUUACACCAUCUACGAGAAGGUGCCCGGCUUGCGCAGCCACGCUGUGUCGGCCGCGAUCCGCGGCGUGCGCCGGUAUGUGGGCGCGCCCGAGAGCGGCUCGCCGUUUGGCGUUGCUGCACUCUUGGAGGUCUUUGCUGCCAUCAUUCGCGGCCUAACGCCGUCGUCGCCCAAGCUGCCUGCCCUCUACGGCAUGCUCAUGUCGCUGCACCUUCCGGACGAGAUGGGCUCCGACUCGGACGCGCUCAUCUCGGUCUACCACCCACAGCUUGUCUUUGCGCUCCUCCAGCUCAUUGGCCGCGACCCGGGCAAGUACGGGCCUGCAGCGGUGGCCGCCGUGUGUGGGCGGCCGCGGGCUAGCGCAGGUGCGCCACCCGAGACCAAGUUUGCACCAGCUGAACGGAUCUGGCCGUCGGCGCGCAACGCCAACUCGGCCAAAGUCGUCCUUCUCAUCCACGAGCUCGAGUCACUCAUCGAAGCUCUCGACGAGCUUGGUUUUGCGCUUGUGGUCGCGCCAGUCCUGGCCAAGCUCAGCAGCUGCAUUGGCUCGCUUGCGGCUCGCAUUGCUCAGCGCGCGCUGCAACUGUGGGAGAACGACGCGUUUCGGAGCCAUGUCGGGAGGCACACUGCACGGGUCGUCCCGCUUGUUGUUCCGCUCAUCUGUGGUCCGAUUGCCGAGCACUGGAACCCGUCGGUGAAGCGGAUGGGCGGCUCGAUCCUAGAGAUACUCCACGGCCAGUCGCCGGUCGACACCGAGGCGCUGGUGGAGCGCUUUGCACCGGUGGCCACGCCCGACUACCCGUCGCUGCUUGCGGCUCUUGCGCCACCCCGUCAGGCGGCGUCGACAAGUGCCGUCGCAAGCUCGAGCUCCGGUGUGCUCUCGGCCGCGUCGCGCGCGUCGCUCGUGCCCAUUGAGCUCUCAUCGUUCCGCGAGGAGCUCACGUACUUUGACUUUGUCUUUGGGCAGGUCCUCGGCGAGGGCCCGUUCUCGGUUGUCCGCUAUGCCAAGCACGUCGAGCAGGGCAAGUCGUUCUCGGAGUGGAUUCCGUAUGCGGUCAAGAUGGUCGACACCCGCGGCGAGGCCAAGUGGUCCGAGCUCGCCGCGCAAGAGGCUGCCGUUCUGCGUUCGGUGGCCCACCCAGGCAUCGCCAACUUGGUGGCAUCGUUCACAGACACGUCGGACCGGGCGUACAUUGUGACCGAGUACUGCGGCGGCGGCGACGUGUUUUCGGCGCUGGUCAAGCUCGGCUCGUUUGCGCCGGGGUCGGCGGCGUAUGUGGUGGCUGUCCUCGCUGACGUGCUCUUGCAUCUGCACUCGCUCGGGCUUGUCUACGGCGACCUCAAGCCGGAAAACGUACUCAUCACCGAUGAUGGUCGAGUCAAGCUCUGCGACUUUGGCUCGGCCGCGCCGGCCGCUGACUUUGCCACCCGCCUUGCCGCCGCUGGCGAGUCGUUUGAGGCCGGCAUGUGGGGCAUGACGCUCGAGUACCUCCCACCGGCGGUGCUGACCGGCUCCGAGCCGCCAUCGCCUGCCUCGGACGCGUACGCGCUUGGCCUUGUGCUCUAUCAGCUGUUGGUGGGCCGGCUUCCUGACGACGCCGGCGUAAUCACCUCGACAGCCGCCGUCUCGUUUGCCGCUGACGACCCGCUGUUUGGCCACGGCGCUGCAGCCAGCCUCGAGCCCGAAGCCCGCGACGCCAUCUGUUUCCUCCUCAACGGCAAGGCUGAUACGGAUGAGCUUGCUCAACUGCCGUUUUUUGCCUCGGUUGCGUGGGAUGCUCUCUACACCGCCAAGCCUCCCAGUCUCGGUGCCGUCGGCGUCGCCAAGCCGCAGACCGAUCCACGUUUCCGCCGGCGCAAGCACUCGAUCCUCCGCUCGCCUAUGCCAUCCAAGUUCCAGUUUGAGUCGGCGUCGUUCACUGACCUCGCACCCAUCACCGAGGAUCUGGAGGCAGAGGGUGUGUCCGACUCGCCGACCCGCGCUGCCGGGUCGUCCUCAUCCAGCGCGCCGCUGUCAUCGUCGCCAGGAACCUCCAGGGCCCCGCGCCGCCACCGACCCCGCCUUCCGCGCCCAACUGCCACCGGUGCCGUCAAGCGUGCACAUCCUGCCCACUCGCUCGAGCCGCUGAACGAAGAACCCGGUGACGAGACCGGACUCGGCAUCGAUACCGAGCCCCCGCUCCGCAAGCGAUGA